AUGCAAGACACAGCCCAAAAGGUGCUCGAUGCCGCUACUGCCGACGUCACGCAGCCGAACGGCGUUCCCGGUGCCGUCGUGUAUAUUGCCGACAAGACGGGCAAGGAGGUAGCCUGGGCUUCGGCCGGUGUCAAGCAAGCUGGCAAGCCGGACCCGAUGACCAAAGAUUCCAUCUUCUGGGUAGCCAGCUGCACCAAACUCAUCACCGCCAUAGCCUGUCUCCAGCUUGUUGAGCAGGGCAAACUGGAUCUUCAGGACCCUGUCACAAACCACGUUCCCGAGUUCGAGAGCGUCACGAUGAUCGACGGCUCCAGGCCCAAGCAGGUGCCGACGGUCUGGAACUGCCUCACUCACACUUGCGGUCUCGGCUAUUCGUUCUUCAACCCCAAACUCAAGGACAUUGAGGCCAAGAAGGGCAGGAAGGUGAUCCAUAGCUUUGAUGCAUCUAAGCAGAGCAUUCAAGGCCCUUACGUGACCGAGCCUGGCUCCGAGUGGGAGUACGGUGUAGGUAUCGACUGGGCCGGUCAAGUGGUUGAGAAAAUUUCUGGUCUUUCACUCAACGACUACUUCCAAGAGAACAUCUUCAAACCGCUCGGCAUAAAGCACGCCAGCUUCCUGCCCAAGCAGGCGGGUCUCUCGGACAAGCUCGUGGGGUCGCACUACAGAAACCCGGAAGGCAUCAUCUCUGCCAACGAGCACUGGAUGCAGCCGGACGAGUCCAAGAUCGAAGUUCACUACGGAGGCGCCGGACUGUGGGCCAAUGCCGCCGAGUACUGCCAGGUGCUGGUGGCGCUGCUCAACGGCGGAACGCAUCCAAAAAGUGGCGGUCAGAUCCUCAAGCCUGAAAGCGUCGAUGAGCUUGUCAAGGAACAGCUCGAUGGCAAAUUGGCCGGCGACAUCGACCGAGAGUUCCCUAACACCGAUCCCACGAUCACCAACUACUUUGAGGGUUGCACCGUCAAGGGCAUCCCCAAGACGUGGGCGCUUGGCGGAUUGCGGCUGCUCGUCGAACAUCCCAUGUUCAAGCGCAGCGACAAGUCGCUCUUCUGGUGCGGCAUCCAAAACAGCUACUGGUGGGCUGACUUUAAGGACGGCACGUGCGGCAUGGUGCAAUCCCAGAUCGGACCCUUCUUGGACAUGGGCACGCUCGGCAUCUUGGCGCAGCUCGAGCCUCAGGUGCAUGCCGCCUAUGCUUCGUAG